UCGGACCGCUCCCGGACUUGCUGGGCGACUUGCCACUUAUAUAUUAAAUAUUCUUGUUUCCCCCGGUUUCAUAUACCUCUAUACAAACUCCUCGUUUAAGUUAAUUCUACAAGAUGUUCAAGCCAGCGUUGCGACAGGCAUCCCGCCAACUGGGCAAGCGAUCGUCCGGUCUCGUGCAUCCUCCCCUUCGGCACGCAAGCUCCGCAACCGCUUUCGACUGGAAGGAUCCAUUGAAGGCGAGCGCAUUGUUCACGGAGGAUGAAUUGGCUAUCGCUGAGACUGCGGAAUCCUACUGUCAAGAGCGGAUGUUACCCCGCGUCCUUGAUGCAUAUCGCAAUGAGGACUACGAUGCCAAGAUUCUCGAGGAAAUGGGAGAAUUGGGCCUUCUGGGAGCUACAAUCGAAGGCUACGAGUGCGCGGGCGUCAGCAGCGUCGCGUCCGGUCUGAUUACCCGUGCCGUCGAGCGCGUUGACUCCGGUUACCGCUCCGCUAUGUCCGUCCAGAGCUCUCUGGUCAUGGGUGGGAUUCAUGAACACGGCACUGAAGAGCUAAAGGAAAAGUUCCUUCCCGGCCUUGCCAAAGGCAAGAAGAUCGGGUGCUUUGGCUUGACGGAACCGAACCAUGGCUCGGACCCUGGAUCGAUGGAAUCGGUGGCCAAGCCGCAUCCCUCCAAGAAGGGGUACUACUCGCUAUCCGGAUCGAAGACCUGGAUCACGAACUCGCCCAUCGCAGACGUUUUCCUGGUCUGGGCAAAGUUGCAAGAGACAGGCAAGAUUCGGGGUUUCGUGAUCGAGAGAGAUCAAUGCCCUCCGGGAACGCUGGAGACCCCAGCGUUGAAACACAAGAACGGUCUGCGAGCAUCCAUUACCGGCAUGAUCCAGAUGGAUGACUGUCCGGUGCCAGAAGCCAACAUGUUUCCCGAUAUCGAGGGUUUGACAGGACCGUUCAGCUGCUUGAACUCCGCCCGACACGGCAUCGCGUGGGGGGUCAUGGGUGCGCUUGAAGAUUGCAUCGACCGGGCGCGGACGUACUCUCUAGACCGGAAACAGUUCAAGGGAAAUCCACUGGCCAAGUACCAGUUGAUACAGAAGAAGCUGGCGGAUGCCUCUACGGAUGCCGCGUUCGGAAUUCUUGCUGCUGCCCAGGUCGCGCGUCUCAAAGAUCAAGGGCUGGCCACGCCCGAAAUGAUUUCGAUGAUCAAGAGGCAAAAUUGCGACCGAGCCUUGGUGAAUGCCCGAGUGCUGCAGGAGAUAUUUGGCGGCAACGCGGCGAGCGAUGAGUAUCACAUUGGCAGACAUGUGGCGAAUCUAUUCGUCACCCAAACAUACGAGGGACAGAGCGAUAUUCAUGCCCUCAUCCUGGGUCGCGCCAUCACCGGCGUUCAAGCGUUUUGUUGAGAUAUAGUGGUCUCAUCCGGCUGAGUUGGAUUGAUGUGAGAGGAGAAGCAGCCGAAAUUUCUAUGCGGACAUGCAGUCGCACAAGGCCGGCCUUCGACCUAGCGGCCGGAAGGAGCUCAAUCAUCCAGACCGGUCUCCCUUUGCAUUACUUCCUGGCCAUGAUCCGGUCAUAUAUCAAUAGCCAACCGUCUGGCCGAGUUUCUGGAAGUCAUACCCUGGAAGGUUGCAUAGUUGGCGUUGGAU